AUGUUGUCCUCUGACUCAAUCGAACUGCAAAGCUGGGAGGAAAUCUACAAGGAAGAGUGCCUUAGUUUCAAGGCCAGUCUGGAGACCCAAGCUCAGAUACUAAGAAACGACCCGGAAAGCCAAGGAGUGGAUCGUAUCAAGGAUGUUCGCAAAGAGCUAAUCUCACUUUCCCACCAGGCAGAGCGAAUUAAAGAGGCUGCAUUUGAGAUGGUCGAGCAGACCCCCGAUAGUGUGUAUGUCCGCAAUGCAAUGCCUGAGUGGCUCUCCACCCGAUUCGGAGGUCCGUAUCUAGAACAGGUGUGUAUUAGCAUGGAGUACAGCUUGGACCGACUGGCAUUCGAACUUAGAUUUGACCCGUCAAUGGACCUUUUGGUUGCCGGACACCUCGAGCAAAUGACCGAUGAUAUUGAAAUGGACUUUCUUUAG